AUGGUCAGUCACUCACAUUCCGUUAGUCCUUCAGGGUUGAGACUCACGAAAUCAAAGCCAAGAUACUUGUUCAGGAUCGACGAAAUAGGCAAAACUCCAAGCGCUUCGCAUACGUACGACAGCAGUGGGCAUCAUGGGAUACCCGCCUUUGAAGCAGGAGCCGUUAGGUCAGUGGGAGGAGGCGUGAGCGGCCAGUGGUGGCAAUGUGACGGAAAUCAGAUUCGCGGAAAUCAACAGCUUCCACAAGGCGCUCGGCCAUACAACACGUACUCAGUAUUCUAUAUCGGGGGUUUUGGCUUUUGGGUUCUGAAAGGUGACGCAACCAACGCAGAGACCUACAGAAACUCCAGCACCUGGCAGCCUCUAUACUUUCAGCACGAUCCUCGUAGGGAAUACUCGUAUCUUUGUAAUGCGGAACAACACCGUACAGUCGAUCUUCGAAGAAGAGAUCAGAAUUGGCUGAGGAUGCUGCUACCCGAUAUAUAUUAUGAGAGUGCUGCGGAGGUAAACCAUCCACGUUGUGGAGGUCUCAAAGGAGAGCUGGGUAUAUUUCUUGCUCUCAUCGCUUUUGCUAUACGUCCGCAGGAGUUGCAGGCAAGACUGCCUCAAAUGUUUACGAAUGGGAAUUGGCAAGUACCCGGUACAUUCAAUCAUGGGAGACAAUCAGAAAGGGGUGUGGUCGUGUAUGUGUGGACCUCUCCGCCAACCACGGCCGACGAACUUCGUGCUUAUGAGCUGGGAUACCAGACCAGGUAUUAUUAUUAGUUGCCAACACCUGAUGGUCCCAAAUACUCGCCAAGUCUAGAUUUGGCUUUCAACCGAGCGUCGUAUCAGCUUUACUGGAUUUUUUUCUUUGUCCACCCAAUUCUGUUACACAAGACGUCUCUUAUCGCACACUUUUUUUUUAACUUUUUUUUCAGCUCAGACUGCUUACUUCCUAUACGUUUUCAACGCGGUUGCUCAGCAGGAGAUGGAGUCUCAACCACUGUUGACAUUACGAAGUUACGACUUAUGUGCCUCCUUUGCUGCAAUGUUGGCAGCUUUCUUUUUCCCUUUUUCUAUACCUCUCCUUGAUCAGAUUGCAUAAGUUCACGUUGGCUUCAGGAUGAAGAAUAGCUCAUAUACGUUUGAUCUCUUUACAGAAAUGCACAACUCUCUUGCUGCUUUCGAAAAAUACAUGGAGCGAAU